AGGGGUCCGCGCUCGGCUCGGCACGGCGCGGCGCAGCGCGGCGCGUGCCCCCGCCUCAUCCCUGAGGCGCAGAGGCUUGGGCAGGGCACCGCUAUAAAAGCAUACCGCGUCGCCCCUCGGAUACGUAGUGUUUUCCCGCGUACCGCACUAGAAAAACUGUCCACCAUGAAGUUCUUCGUUGUCUUGUUCGCCAUUGUCGCGGCCGCUAGCGCCGGAUACAUCGGUGGACAUGGUGGUGGAUACGGAGGUGGAUACGGAGGUGGAUACGGUGGCCAUGCCCAGACCUACCACGUGGCCCAGAUCCAGCAGACCCCGGCGAUCCCGGCACCGCACCCAGCACCGAUCUCUUACAAGGGCAACGAUCAUGUGACCAGAAUACAUUACAGCGGCGGUCAUGUCGGCCAUCCGCAUCUGGUCGGCGUCGAGCACUACGUACAGGCGCCUGAGCCAGCCAUCUCCGUCGUCAAGACCCACGGCCACGGCUGGUAAGGUCCGGGCGCGCGAGACUUCACCCGCCGAACGUAACCGCCGGUCCAGAGUGGUCCAGAGCGCGCGACCGCCGUCCCGAGGUCUCGACAUCCACGGAGACCAUCGUCAGGACGCCGACGACUCGGUGACGGCCCGCGACGUCAGCGGCCACGGCGGCAGCAGCAGCACCAGCGGCAGCGGCUCCCGCCCCCUACUGCUCGCCCCCGUGAUUCGACCGUCUCAGGAUGGACGCGCGUCUUGGACCACCCGCGGACCGCAGACCAGGCAGCCCGACUCAAGAAAACAGCAGUCGUCCGCAACUUCUCUCGUUUACCUUAGCGCUACAUAUGACACGCAAUCACAAACACACACAGACACGAAAGACAACAUCCGGCGGCAAUCUAUCACGCGACAACUAUUCUCCCUGACCACCCUUGCGUUCAUCACCACCACCACCACCACCUGUCAGCGACAGCGAAAAAUUUCCGUGCGGCGUGUGAUACUUGAAGAAGAUGUCAUCAGACAACAUCAGACAGAGCGUUUUUACUUCUUGA